CAAAAAUCGAUGACAUGUACACUCUCGAUGAUCUUGCCACAAAAAUUCAUCCAGGGAGGUGAAGUGCACAUUUGGUGUCCGCGUUAAUUGUCCGUCUCUACAUUGCUGCAUCUUCUGGGAAUUCAACGUGCAAACCUCGACAUCCCCCACCCUUUCAACGAGAUAUCGUUCCCCCCAUCUUUCCGCCAUGACCGCCUAUACACGAGUAGGAGCUGUGACUGGCGCCAACAAAGGCGUUGGUCUCGCCAUCGUUCGCCAGCUAGCUUUGCAAUAUCCCAAGUCUGCAUACAACAACGGCCCAUUACUCAUCUAUCUGACUGCGCGAAACGAAGAGCGAGGUCAAGCAGCACUACAAAGUAUCCAAGAUGAUCCCGCGCUUCGAAACACCAAAGCCCUAAGAGCUUACGGAGGACUCGCCGAUGUUGAGUAUCUCCCACUAGACAUUGAAAGCAAGCAGAGCAUCGAUGACUUUGCAGCCACGUUGAGGCAGCGACACCCUGAUGGGAUCGAUUUCCUCAUCAACAAUGCCGGCGUUGCACUUCAAGGAUUUGACGAGAACGUUGUCAGACAGACGCUGCGCUGCAACUACUAUGGAACCCUGCAAGCAUCACAACAACUUCUGCCACACAUUCGCGACGGCGGGCGCCUGGUAAAUGUCGCAAGUAUGUCUGGUCAUUUGACGUCCAAGUACUCGGACGCCAUCAAGUCACGUUUCCGAAGUGCUUCGAAACCAGAACAAGUCUCUGAGCUGAUGGAGGAAUACGCCUCGGCUGUGGCUAAUGGGACAUACCAAAACGACUGGCCUGGCAACUCUUAUUCCGUGUCCAAGGCAGGCCUGAUUGGCGUGACAAAGACACUCGCGCGGAUCAAUGCUCAGUCCGGCAGCAAAACCUUCAUCAACAGUUGCUGUCCGGGUUACGUUUCCACAGACAUGACCAAACAUCGAGGAGUCAAGACGCCAGGUGAGGGAGCACAGACUCCUGUAUUGCUUGCUCUAGGCGAUAUCAAGGAUUUGAAUGGAGAGUUCUGGCAAAACGAGAAGGUUAUCGAAUGGUGAAAUCUACUCUACUGCCUCUGACAACAAUCAACUUCUGGUCGCUGUGCAUCCGCCUAAGACAAGGCAUUUGUAAUACCAGUGGAGCAGGGGACAUUCAAGACCAACCCAGAACAGCUCGUCGACCUUGAAUAUAUGCCAGAUUCUGCAUUGAAACACACAUAAAUCUCCGAUGUCUCUUCACAUUGAACCUUGGCAACAUGCUUUAUAUCCGC